AUGCGAAGUUUUUAUCUUUUCUUUUGCAUUAUUAUGUUGUCACCUAUUACUUAUGUUUUUACUGUUUGGUGCUUUGUAGUAAUUUUGCAUACAGAAGCACAUAUAUUCUUUUGUAAUUUUGAAUCAAAUUCGACUUGUGGUAUUGAGAAUGGUAGUCCUAUCGACCCCGAACCACCUUCUAUUAAUUUUACAAUUCAAUCACCUCAAACAAUCACUUAUCAAGAUCUUGGUCCCUUCUCCGGUCAUUCGUUUUUCUAUUGGUCUCGUUCUGACAAUUUUCCACAUGCUGAAGAAUUCAAUGGGCGAGCGCAUACUCCAAAAUUUAAUCAAACCAAUGGUGAAAAUAUGUGUCUAGAAUUUAUGUACUACAUUAAAUCAACUGGUACUGAUAAUGGUACUUGGUUAGAUGUAUCUACAGGAGGAUGUUAUGCAGCAUCGUUGUUUUUUAUCGAACAAGAUGAUAGUAAUGGAUGGCAAACGAUAACUGUACCAUUGCAUAAAGGUAACUGUUCUAUCUCACUUUAUUUUACAGUUAAUCAAAGAACACCGGUAAGAAUGGCACUAGCUCUCGAUAAUAUCAUAGUCGAUUGGUGUGACGCUCUUAUAGAAACAACUACUAUUCCUGGUAUUAGUAAUUCUUCACAAUUGAUUUUUAAUACAUCAUUUUUUGUCUUAAUUUUUAUUUUAUUUCUAUUAAAAUAA